AUGACACAGGCCAAUGCGCAAAUACCCCUCAGCGAGCCGACUCCAUUGGUGUAUGGAGACAAUGUGCAAAACAACAAGACCUUUCGGCUACUUGAGCUGCACGACGAUGUGCUGCAGGCGCUCAAGCGAGGCGAUUCACUCUGCAUCAAGGGCGCCCCCGACCAAGACGCCGUGCUGGCCACAGCAACCCAGUCGUUCGCGAUCAAGCAGGCGGGAACGUCCAACACGCUCCUUGUAGCAAUGCCACGCGUCCAAAAGUACGUCACCUCGCCAAGCCAAGACAACCAAGACAACGAUGCUUCACCGAUGGCGAUCGACGGAGAAGAGGCAGCAGCAGCCGCGUUUGAAGUCGCCUCCUCGCUGCCGAUUCUCGCUUCGUGCCACGAAUACCUGGAGGCUCUCCCGUGCAAACCGCGAUUGGAUCAGCUGGAUGCGCUGAUAAACGAACGAAGAUAUGCCGGGGAAGAUCAGGAGGAUUCCAACCCUGCUGGCAAGUACUCGUUGGAAGAGAUUUGCAAUCGAGUACAGGCAAGCGAGCAGGAGAUUGUUCGAGCACUUGAGCAAUCGAGCGCCUUGUUAAUUCACGGAAAAUGGCGUGCCAUGGACUUUGCAUACGCGCAUCUCGUUCUCGACCUGAUACUGAAAACGAUCACUGAGCACGACUGGUCCUACCGCAAAGUGCCAUUGGAGCUAUCCGCACAAGAUCUGGAGCCGCAUGGUAUUUCGCGGGACGUUGUGGAGCAUUGCUUGAGAACCAACGGCCGAGAGUUACCGACCGAAUCUGAGGCCAACGAGUCCGGCAGCGCGACCGAGCGCUACUUUGAGAUGUCUGCAGACAAAAUCUGCCGACUCUGCGCCUUGUACUUGCUCAAGCAAGGAAAGCGAUGGCAAUUCGACGAGUUUAUGGAGGCAUGGCAAUCAAUCGUCCCGCCCGAAUUUGUGGUGGAGCUCGCCCUGUUGCAGGGCCUUGCUCUUCAUGAGGGGCAAGGACAGCAGCGUUUCAUCUCGUACUUUAACGCGCAAGAAUUGCCGACCGACCCCGCCGCGAGGUUUUCUUCGCUGUUCAAGAUGCGACCGCGUUGGACCCAUGCAGAUAUCUUACCCUAUGUCAAUGAUCUUACGACUCCCAAGGAGACGGCUGAUGCCCUGUUGCUCAAGUAUGCACGCGGAUCAACUGACAACACCAAUACCCGGUGGUUUAAUGCGCGAUGAUGUCUUUCUUUGGAAAAAAAAAA